CUUUGAUGUUUGACUUCCUCUUUUCCAUAUACCAUUCUUUAGCUGUGUUUUGAUAUAAAAUAUUCCAAGAAUCCCCAUAAUGCAACAGAGUGAUACUAUUAUUUUAAUGGAAAAAUAAAUAUCCUCUCCAUUUUUUCCUCUUUUGUUCCUCCCAAUCUCCUCUUAUAUAAAAACCAAUUGCUUCUAAUUUAGCUCCCAAUCAUACCUCAAUAUUCAAUCUAAAAUGACCCUCAAUCUCCUCUUUUCCUCUAUUUUAUUCUUAGCUAUUGUCAAGAACUCAAUUGCUGGUGGCAUAGCUAUUUACUGGGGCCAAAACGGCAACGAAGCAACAUUAAACGACACCUGUAAUUCUGGGCGAUAUGCCUAUGUCAACUUAGCCUUUCUUAACAAAUUCGGAAACGGUCAAACCCCUGAAAUCAAUCUCGCCGGUCACUGCAACCCUGCCGUCAAUGGAUGCACAAUCGUCGGCCCGGAAAUCAAACACUGCCAAAAAUUAGGCGUCAAAGUAAUGUUGUCUAUUGGCGGUGGUGUUGGAAAUUACUCAUUAGCUUCGAAAAAAGACGCUAAGGACGUUGCGAAGUACCUAUGGAACAAUUUCUUAGGUGGGCGUUCCUCUUUUAGGCCUUUGGGAAAUGCUAUUCUCGAUGGAAUUGACUUUGAUAUUGAGCUUGGAUCGCCUCUUCACUACGAAGACCUAGCUAAAUAUUUGAAAAAUUACAGCAAGCGUGGAAGAAAAAUGUACCUUACAGCAGCUCCACAAUGUCCAUUUCCCGAUAGAUUGCUUGGUACUGCCUUGAAUACAAAGCUUUUUGAUAAUGUUUGGAUUCAAUUUUACAAUAAUCCUCCGUGCCAGUUCACUCCUAAUAAUACGGAUAAUCUGAAAAAUUCUUGGAUCCGGUGGACGACGUCGGUGAAAGCGAAAAGGAUAUUUUUGGGGCUUCCGGCUGCACCGCAGGCUGCCGGAAGUGGAUUUAUUCCGGCGGAUGUGUUGACGGAGGAAAUUCUUCCGGCGAUUAAGAAAUCACGCAAGUAUGGAGGUGUUAUGUUGUGGUCGAAGUUUUGGGAUGAGCAGAGCGGGUAUAGUGCCUCUAUUGUGAAGAGGGUAUGAAAAUUGUUGUUGUUUUUUUUUUAUGGAUAAGAAAUUUGGAAAAAAUUGAAGUUCAAAGACUACGAAUUAAGCAUUUGUUGAAAAAUAUUUUGAAUUUUUUCUACUUUAUUUUCACAGUAUGAUGUAAGCAAAUUUGAUGUGGUGUAGAUAUAAUUGUCAUUGCAAUUGAAAUAAAAAAAAUAAAAAUGAAUGUCACU